AUGGCUGAUAUGCAGAAGUUCGAAGAGGAAGUUAACAAGCUCAAGACCCUUGAAAAAGACCGCGAAAAGUACUUCUCAAGUCGCCAGGAGAUGGAAAUGAGAUUGACGGAGAGCAGAAAUGUGAAAGCGGAACUCGAUUUGAUGGACACCGACUCGAAAGUCUACAAACUCAUCGGCGCCGUCCUCGUCCGUCAGGAGUUGGAAGAGGCGCGGUCAACUGUCGAGAAACGUCUUGAAUUCAUCGAAUCUGAGAUAAAACGAGUCGAGGCUUCCAUCGCCGACGUGACCAAAAAGUCGUCGGAUCAACGUGACAAAGUGAUGAAUAUCCAGAAGACGUUCCAAAUGAUGGCCCAACAAGCACAACAAGCCGCCGCACAGAAAAAAUAA